AAAUAUCCUAAAAGGUUAGAAAAUCUGCCAGUUCUGAUAAUUUGUAACUACAACCUUUAAAGUUUCUCUUUUCAGUGCUCUUAUUUUCUUAACUGUGCAGCACACAACGUUGAACUUUUAUUCUAUAAAAUGCUCUCCUUUGAAAUUACGAGGCUGUUGGUCGCCGUUGGAAUUUUCGUGCUGGGCGUGUCAUCUUUCAUAGGGCCCGAGCUCGGUCGAACUUUUCAAGAAAUCUACCCGCAACUUGCCGGGCGAAUGGGAUACAAAGAGGUGGCGAAAGCUGUGAACGUCGCGGCCAGACCGAUCAGAGACAAAGUCCUCAAACAGGGAAAGGAGUUGUACGAUGGGCUGGAAGGGUGCAGGCUGUUGAAAUCCAACUUUGGGCAGACGUUGACUCAUUGUCAAACCGCGACCCAACAAGUGAACGAAAUGGAAGGAAUGCAAGGAAUGGAAGGAAUGCAAGGAAUGGAAGGAAUGCAAGGAAUGCAAGGAAUACAAGGAAUGCAAGCAGAAAGCACUUGGCAAAGAGUGUCGUCAAGCACCGAAGGAGCGCCAGAGGGGGCCGUCCACUCUCUUGUGAUGGGGGUCAUGGGGUGAAAUCAUGGACGCACCCAAGGGAGUUCCGGUGGAGUCUGGCCCUGCCCUGCGUAUUCUGGAUAUAACGCAGGUAUGAGCCUGCGUUAAGCUGCGUUACAAGGGAAAGAGGAGGUCGCAGUCAGCGUCAUGUAACCCUCUCUAUUAGUAAAAACACACACAGUAUCCAAAAUAUAUCAUCCUCAUUCCUUCGAGGUUAUUUGUCACGCUAUCAUUAAUAAUACUUCAAAUUUUA